CCCCCUCGGGCGGAGACGCGCAGGAGCAGGCGCGCACCCGCGAGGCCCGGGCGCCAUCUUGGAUUCUGUAACUGGGCCGCGGCUGUCUGAGGGCGUCCGAGGCGGCGACGAGGAGGCGCCGAGGCGGAGGACGCGGACUGCGCGGGACGGAGAAGGGAAGCUUUUUCCCCGGCCGGCCGGAGCCGUCAAGGUGGAGCCGCGUCGGCGCCCGCCGCGGGAGCAGCGACUCGGAUGCGGGCGGAGCGUGGGGGGCCGCGGCGGCGGGAGCGCGGAGAGGGGGCCCCGGGAGGUCUCAUGUGAGAGCGGCGGGAGCCGCCGCCUCCGCCCGCGCAGCCCGGGGUGCUGUGUGGGGGAAGCCGCCCCCGGCAGCAGGAUGAAACGAGGAGGAAGACAUAGUGACCUUGAUUCACCUGAAGAAGGCACUGCAGAGAAAGCUAAGAAACUGAGGACUGCACAUGAACGUUCUCAACCUUGUGAUUGGGGUAACCUUCUGCAGGACAUUAUCCUCCAAGUUUUUAAGUAUUUGCCUCUUCUUGACCGGGCCCAUGCUUCACAAGUGUGCCGGAACUGGAAUCAGGUAUUUCACAUGCCUGACUUGUGGAGAUGUUUUGAAUUUGAACUGAAUCAACCAGCUACAUCUUACUUGAAAGCUACACAUCCUGAGCUGAUCAAACAGAUUAUUAAAAGGCAUUCAAACCAUCUACAGUAUGUCAGCUUCAAGGUGGACAGCAGCAAAGAGUCGGCCGAAGCAGCUUGUGAUAUACUGUCCCAGCUUGUGAACUGCUCUUUAAAGACACUUGGACUCAUUUCAACUGCUCGGCCAAGCUUUAUGGAUCUACCAAAGUCUCACUUUAUCUCUGCACUGACAGUUGUGUUUGUAAACUCCAAAUCCCUGUCCUCACUUAAGAUAGAUGACACCCCAGUAGACGAUCCGUCCCUUAAAGUGCUAGUGGCCAACAACAGUGACACACUCAAGCUGCUAAAAAUGAGCAGCUGUCCUCAUGUCUCUCCAGCAGGUAUUCUUUGUGUGGCUGAUCAGUGUCAUGGCUUACGAGAACUGGCCCUGAACUACCAUUUGCUAAGUGAUGAGUUGUUGCUCGCACUGUCUUCUGAAAAGCAUGUUCGCUUAGAACACCUGCGCAUUGAUGUUGUCAGUGAGAACCCCGGACAGACACAUUUUCACACCAUUCAGAAGAGCAGCUGGGAUGCCUUCAUUAAACACUCGCCCAAAGUGAACUUAGUGAUGUAUUUUUUUUUAUACGAAGAAGAAUUUGACCCGUUCUUCCGUUAUGAAAUACCUGCCACUCAUCUUUACUUUGGGAGAUCAGUAAGCAAAGAUGUGCUUGGCCGUGUGGGCAUGACCUGCCCGAGACUAGUAGAACUGGUAGUGUGUGCCAACGGGUUACGGCCCCUGGAUGAAGAGUUAAUUCGCAUUGCAGAACGUUGCAAAAAUUUGUCAGCUAUUGGGCUGGGGGAGUGUGAAGUCUCAUGUAGUGCCUUUGUUGAGUUUGUGAAGAUGUGUGGGGGCCGCCUGUCUCAACUGUCCAUUAUGGAGGAAGUGUUGAUUCCUGACCAGAAGUACAAUUUGGAGCAGAUUCACUGGGAAGUAUCUAAGCAUCUUGGCAGGGUAUGGUUUCCAGACAUGAUGCCUACUUGGUAAGGAUUGCAUGAUAUAGGGCAUGAUGAAUAAAUAGCACCUUAAUUUUAAGAAAAUGUAUUAUAAUAAAAGUUUAUUUGCUCUAGUUCUGAUAUAAUUCUACUAUUUUAUGGCACAGAAAUUUGAUAUCUUUGGUGAGCUUAAAAUGAAUGAUGUUUGUUGGAAGACCUAUAGUUUGGGUCAGGUAACUCCUUUUUUGUAACUUAAGUUAAUCACAAUCAAAUGUUUAAAAAUUAAAGUGUGGUUUCAUAUUUGAAAGUAAUAUCAAGUUAUAUGAAAAUGAGAUCAUUCAUAGUCUGAAGGAAACAACAUGUAUAUUCUAAUAUCUAAGAAGUAUACUAAUAGGUUUUCUGAGAUGUUCUCUAUGCAUUUUUUAAAAAAAAUGUAAACUUGACGUUUUAGGUCUUCAGUUAUAAAUACACCUGUUAUAAGGUGUUUAAUAUAGCUCAGGAAAGUGAGCAUUUUGUGAGAGAAAUGUAUGGUAUAACUCAUAGGAGGUUGGUUAAAUGGUUUCAGAUAUUAUGAAGCUGUUUUAAAAAUUAAGAUAUAAAUAUCAGAGUAUUUAGAACACUGAUGAAUGUGGCAGUGGUCGUUGAGGAUGGCACACAGCCAGGACUACUCUAAAGGAACCAGUGGAAUCGAGAGGUAGUAGUAGUUUGGUAUGAACCUUAGGUUUUCUGUGUAAUAUGCUAAACCAUGUGAGCUCUUUUCUGUUAUAUUAUUAACGUUGUGGUGCCUGAGGCAUUGUAUGUAAAGGAAUGCUUUAAUCUUUUUUUAAUCUUUGUUUAAACUAGUUUUAACUAUUACACAAUUUAAACAAAAAUCUUACUUAAAAGCCAAAUUGAAAUAAUUAAAAGUAGAACUUUAUAAAUUGUUUAUGAAUAGUUUUCAUAAAAGAAUAUUAGUCUCAUGUGAAUUUUAGUGAUGGCUUAUGCUUUAAUUUUGGAAUUACAUAGGUAAAAUAAAUAUAACUUUAAAAAUCAAAAGGAGUAUAUGUACAGUUCAGACACUAAAUUUAAAAGAUAUAUAAAUAUAUAUAUAUAAGUUCAGAAUAAUUUUUGAGUAAAUAUUACUCAGUGAACUGGAACAUUUUAAAAAUAUCUGCAGUUUUGUGAUUGUUAAUCUGGUUGAAACUGGUAUUUUAUAUUUAAGUUAUGUAGCUUUUCAUACUACUUUCAUAUGAAUAAAGAUAAAUUCUAUCAGAGUGUAAAAAAUAGUAAGUUUUGGUUAUAUAUAGUUUUUUUUUCAGGUACUUUAUGAGCUUGGAUUCUAGGCACUAGUGCAAGAGAUGUCUCUCCUGAGAGAAACUAGAAGUGAUUUACUCCAGCAGAAUACUUCAAUGCCUGACAUGGCUUUCUUUAGUAGUGCAGCCUUUGAGAGAACCCUGAUAGUUACAGAAGCUAACAGUCUUAAAAACAGGUGAACUUCUUGAGAAUAAAACAAAAUGUGGCUUUCUACACAAUUUAUGCUUUCCAAAAAUGAUAUUUUUCAGCCACAUAUGGAUGAAAAGAAAGACUGACCAGAGCUCAGCAGUAAAAGCAGCUAUUAGAAUAUCUCCCUCUUCCUAAAGAGUAAGAAACUUUGACUAUAUGUACAGGAAAUACCUGUGUUAGGUGUUUUGGUUUUUUUUUUUAAUUUUUUUGAGCAACUUUGGAAAAUGGAUUUGACGGUAUAUAAUCAGUUUUACUAACCAAAGCUUUAUUUGAAAACUUACUUUUUGUAAAAUUGAAUUACAUGCUUGAAUACUUCAAGUCACUUUAUAAGCAAAAUGCAUAGCACUUAAUUUGUUUAUACUGUAAAAUAUAUGUUAAAUGGUUUUAUCAAUUUGAGAAUAAAGAUAGUUACUAA